GUGAAGCAGUGGAAUAUCCUGACAAGCGAAGGAAGGACCCACCCCACCCUACUCUUGGGUGAAUGGUGGAGAUAGGAAGAGCAGUAGUGUCGUAAGCGGUCUUGAGUCAUGCGUGUUGAUAUUUAUUUUUAAAUGUUUAAGCUCCUGUGGGAAUGAAAACGAGUUCACCGAUCAUAUCAACCGCCCGUUACCUCUCUUUCAAAGGAGCAGCAUUCUUACAGCCUUCGACUGUAUGCGCUCCUGAAUUUAUCAAUGGCUUCUAUCUGUUAUUUUACGACGAACCCUGUGUAGUUGACCCCGGAUCAAGCGGUGUGCUCGGCGUAGCCUGGCAGAGGCCUAUCCAAAAUGGCCUCGCACUCUAGCGCAAAUAAAUUAGAAUGCCAGGCUACAUCUUCCAAGUCACCCCAGCACCAAAAAGGAGCUGGGUCUAACUUUGAACCUUUGGAUAAAGCGGCGAGCAACACUCUAAAACGAAAUCCAAAGAUGGAGCUAAGCAAACAAGAAUUAUUAAAAUUAUUAAGCUACCUAGAAGGUGAAUUAGAAGCUAGAGAAAUAGUUAUAGCGGCUUUAAAGUCUGAAAAAGUUAAGCAACUUGUUCAUCAAAGCAGACACAGGCCAGGUACAAUUACACAAUCACAUUUAGCUUUACAACAAGACAGCUUUGCUGUGCCAGAUUCACGUCUAGGCCUAGAUUGUCUAUUAGCAGACCAUCAGAUGGCUUCUUUAGACAAUGUCAUACUGCAGCACAAACAAUCUCAGUUACGAAUGGCAAAAAUGCUGAGAGAUAUGGAACUACGUCAUCUGAAGGUUGUGCAAGAGCUGGAUGAGGAGAAAAGGAAACAUGAACAUGAUACAGCCCAAGGAGAUGAUAUUACUUACGGAUUAGAGAAGGAAAGAACGAGAUUAAAACAGGAAUUAGAAUUGGAAAAACAAACAAGAAAAAAGCAGGAGAAGGAUCUGAAAAAGGCUAAUGACAUUUUAGAGGAAGAGAGGAACCGUCAAAAGCAAAUUGUCUUAUUACUGCUUGCCGAAAGAAAAAAGCUCAUUAUGAAAUAUGUUGAGGAACGGAAGCGUUCUGAGGAUUUGGCUCAGAUUGUUAGUGAGGAAAAGGUGCAAAUGAAUGCCAUGGCAGAUGGUCUUGAAGAGGAAAGUAAAAAGUCUCUCCAAAUGGAAGCUGAACUUGAAAAGCAUAUGGCUCAAUUUGACUUGGAAAGGCAGCACUUAAAACAACAACUGCAGCGAGAACAAAGAAGAAUCUCUGAACUGGAAGGCGAAUUGGAGAAAUCCAAGACAGACCUAUUAUCCGCCAAUAAGCAAUUAGCUGAGGCUCACCAAGUCGCAAUGUUCCAAGCUUCAGUUAAUACACCUCGACCUGGUGUAGUUGGCACUGUUCUCCAUAAACCAGUCCCUCAACCACCCGGUGCAUCUAAAGGAGUGCCUUGGUCGGGUCUAGCUGAUGGUGAUGCAGGAGCCCAAACUGGUUCACCCAUGUUGAGUAGUGUUGCCAAAGUUGUACAACCCACUGCUACAGUUUCAAGCGUACCUGUUUGUGCUCCCACUACAGGUAUUGCAAGGUCAGUGUCCCCUGGUCAGAGUGCAAGAACUGCACUUUUUUCUCCAAACUCAGCAACAUCACCCGCGUCUCAAGAUGCAGAUCAGACAAACACUGUUUCCCCUCGACCUGGCCACGCUCCCACCCCUGGUGCGAAGCUCUACGCCACAUCAGCUGGGGGUAAACUAACUUUCCACGUGUCAGCGGCUGCUGCGGCUGCGGCCGAGGCGGCUGCUGCCAACGAAAGCGCCACCCCUACUGGUCAGCCUCAACCCCCGCCCAAGAAAACAGCCCUGGGGAGAGGGGUUCCUCCACCUGUUCCACCAAACAAACCAGUGGUCCCUCCCAAAAAGGAUUCCGUGGUUGGGCGGAAAGUGGAUGGAGGACUGGAUGGUGCCACACCAGGGGCUAAGCUCAGUCUUGUCAGCAAAGACAAAGCCCCGCAGGUGGGUCGCGAGCCGAGUAUCGGCCCGACAGUUUGUGGUGUUGAUAGUUUGCAUGCCACUGCUGCCAUCGCUGCUACUGCACCUGCACGCCAGGCCUCUUCGCACACUCCCUCUGCUAGCAGUGGCGAGUCUUCAGGUCCCGUUGACGUAAAUAGUGCUGCCCUUGUCUCCAAUGAAGCAUCACUCGGUGCUCCUGUAGUCCCAGUCAUCAACGCUCCGUCACCCGUUGCUUCACCUGACCUCACUACUGUACUCCAUAGCAGCCCUGACCAUGCCCCUGUGGUUGCUGCAACCACCUCGUCCCACCAGAAUCACCCUCCCACUGCAGCUGAUGCUACUCCUCCUGCCGCACCUCCAUCCAUCAGCAAUGCUGCACCAGCGCCAUCAGCUUCUCUGACCGUCCUGCCAGAUCUUUUACCCGAAUGUGUCUCUAAUAAUCUGGACCCAUGCAGUCGACCUCAAAUGCAGCCAGAAAUAUGUAUUACUCCAAAGGUGGAUGCAGUUUGAAGUUCUGCUCGGGAAUAGGAUCUGGUUGCUGAAUCACUGUUGGCAGAAAUUGGUGCCCUGUAGCACAGAAGAGUUUGGCUUUGAAUGAAGCACGAAUGCUGUUCCACCCACACCCAGAGAACCAAUUUCUGCUUCAGGAGCAAAGCUAUCAUGUAAACUCAGUAAGUUGCGCUUGUGGUUGUAGAUAAAGCAGAGAAAGCUGAACAAUUUCACACACAAAAAAAAACAAAAAAAACACAAAAGUUAUGGCUGACCUCAUAGACAAAGUACAAAUUUUAAAGAAAUGUAUUUUGAAUAAAAGCAGAACUUGCUGGCUGGU